UGUAACAGUAAUUUUUUUUAGGAAGUUUAUAGCAGGUGCGUACUUCUUCGAUAAUAAAAACCUCCUGCUUUUCGUUUUUCUGUUUUCUCUUUUUCUCCUCGAAAUUGUCAUCCUUUUUACCCUUAUUCCAAUUUCCCUCCUUGUUUUGUUAUUUUCUUCUGAAUAUCAAGUACCUUCCCUUACAAAAAGCUCAAUUACAUUAGGCCGCUCAUAAUGAAGUUAAUCGUAGCCUGCCUCACCUUCGUACCAUCAAUUUGGGCGUUUAGCGUCACGUUCCCACUUGCAGGAUCCACACUUAAGGAGGGCAGCUCAUUUGUGGUUGGCUGGAUUCUCCCAUCUUCAGGUACUGCAGAUAUCAAGCUGGUAUCAGGGGCUGGGGAGCCAUACACAACCAUCGCAACUUUACAAUCUGCUGUAUCGAUGGCAAAGUUGUUACAGUCUGCAACCAUUCCAUCCACUGUACCGCCCGGUGCUUACUAUAUCCAAAUCGGCGAUGCCCCCAACGACGCUAUAGGUGGUCCUUAUACUGUCAGCGCCGAUCCCACUGCAACCAAUACCAGCGCUAUUUUGACCGCUUCCUCAGUCAUGUCUUCUAUCGCCACUUCUUCCGUCUCUCUCAUCAGCAGUGCUGCCUCCUCCUCCUCCUCGAUUCCCCUUUCUUCAUCAACACCCUUAUCUACUGGUGUUUCGACCUCGUCUGCAUCGCAAACAGCGACAUCCACAGACCUUAGUAAUGCUGAUACUUCGCCAACGUCUCAACCAGAUAAUGCUAGUCAUGGAUCUUCCAACGGGGGCAUCAUUGGUGGUGUCAUUGGUGGAGUUGCAGCUGCCAUUGCCAUCCCAGCCGCUAUUUUCUUAUGGCGUCGAAACAAGAAAAGGCAACAACAACAAGAAAUGUCGGAUGCUAUUUACUGGAACGAUCACCCCACUCAUGAUCAUGACGACGGUCCUUCAUGGGGUUACCCAUCCAGCUUGAAAUAUUCCAACGCCUCCGUGACCGGUGCAAACGCUGCCUAUGACCCAACCCAUCGACAGGACAAUAUGACCCCUUACUCGCAAGCAGGAUACUAUGAGGGCUAUUCACAAAAUGCAACUACAAUGUACACACCGCCUCCAGCCAUCACGAGAGAUGCAGCUAUGGCCGGAGCUUACUACAAUAACGGUUAUCCGCAUCACAACCCGGAUGAAGCCGGUAAAUUCGAAGAAAAUGCAAAAACUUAUGUCGAUGACGAACCCGCCUUUACUCAAAAACCUGAUCAAAAGUAAACAACACCCUACGCCUUACAUGCCCUUGUUGGCUCUUGUAUCAGUAAUUCAACACAUGUAUCAUUAGAGGAACCUCCUACUUAUUAAAGACAAAAAAGAUCCCAUCGCAAAUGUAACGUUGACCGUUCUAAAUAAACAUGAAAAAUCUUUUCUUUGGCCCCAGUCUGCUUGUCGAAGCACAUGGCCACAACAAAAAAGCUUGUGAAA